GCACAACUAGUUUUCGAUUAAUGGUCAGUUACAAAUUAGAACUACUUAAACGAUGAAAGUAUUUGUAGUGUUAGCAUUAGCGUUGGCUUGCGCCUCGGCAGCCUCUAUACCCGAAACAGCUGUUUUUCCUAAGGACUUGAAAAGCCCUAGAGUUAUUGAAGGUCGUAUCACCAAUGGUUACGAAGCUUACCCCGGUCUAUUCCCUUACCAAGUUGGCUUAUCCCUUCAUAGUAAUUAUGGAUCCAUGUGGUGUGGUGGUUCUUUGAUUGGCAAAGAAUGGGUGUUGACAGCUGCUCAUUGCACAGAUGGAAUCGACCGUGUAACCGUAUACUUGGGAAGCACUGUUCGUACUGUUGCCAAGGUUCAUCACACCGUUGACCGCAGCUCCAUUUAUCAACAUGCUGAAUAUAAUCCUUAUACAUUUAACAACGAUGUCACUUUAAUCAGAAUUCCUGAAGUUACCUAUAGCAAUGAAAUUCAACCCGUUAAGCUACCAGCUAUUUCUGAAUCUUAUCCAAGUUAUGCUGGUUCAUGGGCCACCGCCUCCGGUUGGGGACGUGACCACGAUUCUGGUGCGGUCGUAUCGAUGUUGAACUAUGCUUAUCUUCCAGUGAUUACUAAUGCCGAAUGUGCCCAAACUUAUGGCUCUAUGAUUACUAAUAAAAUUCUUUGUGUUUCGACUCCUAGCGGUACUUCUACUUGCCAGGGUGAUUCUGGCGGACCUUUGGUUUUGGACUCUGAACUUAUUGGUGUGACAUCUUUUGUUUCUUUAGCUGGUUGUCAAGCUGGAUAUCCAGCUGGUUUUGCUCGUGUAACCAGUUACUUAGACUGGAUCAAAUCCUACACAGGCAUAUCCUAUUUACAAAUUAUAUAUCAGUCAGUUACAAAUUAUAUAUUAACUAAUAGCAGCAUGAAAGUCUUAGUAGUGCUAGCAUUAGCUUUUGCUUGCGUUUCGGCCGCCUCCCUAGCCGGAACUCCUGUUGCUUCUAAAGAUGUGAAAGGUGCUAAAGAUCUUGAAAGUCGCAUUACGAAUGGCUAUGAAGCAUAUCCCGGUUUAAUACCUUACCAAGUGGGUUUAUCACUUAAUAGAGGUUAUGGUUUUUCUUGGUGUGGUGGUUCUUUAAUUGGCAAAUCAUGGGUGUUGACUGCAGCUCACUGCACUGAUCGUGUAUUGUCUGCUACCGUAUAUUUGGGGAGCACAGUACGCACAGUGGCCCAAGUCACAUUUAAUAUUGACUAUAGUUCAAUUAUACAACAUAACGGCUAUAAUCCCACAACUUUUGCUAAUGAUAUAGCAUUGAUCAGAAUUCCCGAAGUUACCUACAGUGAUGAAAUUCAACCUAUUCGACUACCGGCUAUAUCUGAAUCAUAUCAAUCUUAUGCUGGUACUUAUGGUACCGCCUCCGGUUGGGGACUUGCUCAAGACAAUGGUUUUGUUGUUUCUGUUUUAAAUUACGCUUAUCUGCCCAUUAUUACUAAUGCCGAGUGUGCCAAAACUUUUGGCUCAAUGAUUACUAGCAAUACACUUUGUGUUUCGACUCCUAGAGGCACAUCGACUUGCAAAGGUAAUUCUGGUGGUCCCUUGGUCUUGGACUCUACACAAGAACUUAUUGGUGUGACUUCGUUUGGUUCAUUAGUUGGUUGCCAGAUUGGCUAUCCAGCUGGCUUUGUGCGUAUAGGAGCUAUUGGUAUUGAAACCAUGAAAGUCUUUGUAGUGUUAGCAUUAGCGUUAGCUUGCGUCUCGGCUGCAUCUAUACCCGAAAUUCCCGCCUUUUUAGAAGACGUAGCAGACGUUAAUGUUAUUGAGGGUCGUAUUACUAAUGGUAAUGCGGCUGCUGUCGGCCAGUUUCCCUAUCAAGCUGGCUUAUCUUUGAAAAGAAGUAGUGGUUCAUUUUGGUGCGGCGGUUCUUUAAUUGGCAAUCAAUGGGUAUUGACUGCUGCUCACUGCACAGAUGGUGUUAUUUCGGCCACUGUUUAUUUGGGUAGCACUGUUCGUACAGUGGCCAAAGUUAGCCACACUGUUACGUCCAGUUCCAUUUAUCAACAUACCGGUUAUAACUCCAAUACUUUGGCCAAUGAUAUAUCUUUAAUCAAAAUUCCUGCUGUUAGCUAUACCGCUGAAAUUAAAGCCAUUAGAUUACCGGCAAUUUCUAGCUCCUAUUCAACUUAUGCUGGUGAUUAUGCCAUUGCUUCCGGUUGGGGACGUGCUGUGGAUACUGGUUCAGUUGUUUCCUCCUUGAACUUUGCCCGCCUUCAAGUUAUUAGCAAUACUGUGUGUGCUGCUACUUAUGGCAAUUCGGUUGUUACUAGCAAAACUAUUUGUGUUUCGACUCCCGGCGGUACUUCCACUUGCCAAGGUGAUUCUGGCGGUCCAUUAGCUCUGGAAUCUUCUCAGCUACUUAUUGGUGUUACAUCGUUUGUUUCGUCUUCCGGCUGCCAAGCUGGAAGACCAUCUGGAUUUAUUCGUGUAACCGGUUACUUGGACUGGAUCAAAGCCAACACCGGAAUUGCUUACUAA